AUGGAAGAAACAGUUCAAAGGUAUAAUUUCGAUAUAGAUGAUACCGUUGCCCUUGAUGUUGUAAAUUCAGGAGAACCAAUUGGGGUGUUCGAACUGGACAAGGAUUUGAUAAUUUCAAAAACAAAUCAAAGGGAGAUUAUGGUUGGACAAGUAUAUAAGGAUAAAGCUACAUUGAAAGAGGUGAUGGAGCAUUACGCUAUAUCAGAAAGGUUUCAGUUCCGGGUUGAUAGGUCUAAUGCAAUCCGCUAUGCAUUAUUAUGUAUGUCUGAAGAUUAUGAAUGGAGGUUUAAGGCUUCUAGCAUUAACAAAUCACAAUUAUUCAAAGUGAGAGAGUUCAAUGAUAAGCAUACAUGUCCGUUGAAGGAUAAGGUGUAUGAGCAACGUCAGGCAAGUAGCAGCCUUAUAGGUGGUAUGAUUAGACCCAAGCUUACAAAUCAUAAGAGGAAAUACACCUCAAAGGAUAUCAUUGAUGAUGUGAAAACUGAUUUAGGUGUCGAUGUUAGUUACAUGUUGGCAUGGCGGGCUAAAGAAAAGGCAAUGAAUUUUUUGAGGGGUGAACCGGCUAAUUCAUACAAUAAAUUACCAGGAUACUUGUAUACAAUGGAUAUGACAUAUCCUGGUUCGUACAUUAGAAUGGUAAAAUCCCCACAAAAUGAGUUCAAGUAUGUGUAUAUAUCCAUGUAUGCCUUUAUAAAGGGGUUCGAUCAAUGUAGACCCAUUGUGGUUGUGGAUGGAAGCCACUUAAAAUCGUAUUACACUGGGACUUUUGUCUCGGCCAGCACUUUGGAUGGUGCAGGUCAUGUACUUCCACUAGCAUAUGGUGUUAUUGAUUCAGAGAACGAUACUGCUUGGACGUGGUUCUUUGAGCAGUUCAAGGAAGCAUAUUGUGAGAGGGAAAGCAUGUGCAUAGUUUCAGAUAGGAACGGAAGUAUCAUCAAGUUUGUAUCAAGAGUGUAUCCAACUGUGCCACAUUUUGCUUGUAUAUGGCAUCUUUGGAACAACGUAUAUAAGAAAUUCAAAAAGAGCCAUUCAAAGUUGAGCGAGAUAUGCUUCUCAAUGGCAAAAGCGUACACACAGGUUGAGUUUGACAGUCUAAUGGAGAAGGUGGAGAAGGUAGAUAUUAGGGUGAAGGAAUACUUGGAGUUAGCUGGAUACAAAAAGUGGGCUAGGUUGUAUGCACCUGUCAACAGGGGAUGGCAAUGA